GACUUUCUCUCGUCGCUUUAGACCGGGAACUGAAAAUAACUAGCCAUGGAGAAUAACACGAACCACGACUCUGCUUCUGAUAGUCCCAACCAAGCUGAAAAACACGUUAAUACUGACGAAACAAGCGAAAAUAGGGAGGAAACGCUUGAAAAUGAGAUUGCGAAAGAGAUGAGUGAAAAUAGCGAGGAACACGAACGGAAUACAGCUGAUACAAGUGCAGGAAAGGAGGAACAUGUGGCGGGUGAGACCAAGGCUAUGCCUGCAGGCGACGAACAGCUGUGUCUAACGUCCGGUACACCUGUGGACAGAAUAUCAUCCGCAGGUAAUUCUGACAAGUGUCACAUCCCACCGACAAGACCGAAGAGGAAAAGCAGAACAAACAGCGACACACCGAGACCAGACGAGGAGGAGAAAGGAAAACAGGAGGAAAAAGCACACGGAGAUAGAGGAGAGAGUGAAGGUCAAGCGGAGGAGGAGAAAGUACUGGAAGAUAAAGAAGAAAGUGAGAGUGAAGGAAAGGAGGAAAAAGAGGAGAACGGGGACGGGAAAGAAAGUGACGAUCAAGAAAAGGAGGAGAAAGAGAAAGAUGGGGAAAAGAAGAGAGAGGAGGCAAGUUCAACAAAUACCGGAAGGGAGGAAAAUGGAAAAGUAAGUGCAGAGAAAGAGGAAAAUCAGAUACAGGGAACACAAACAGACAAACACGAGGACAUCAAACCAACACCAACACGGAGGAACAGAAAGAAAAACACCCUCAACGAAAACCCGCAAACCAAAGAAGACAAAAACCUUAACCUAGAAGAAGGGAAAAGGGAGUUAACAGAGAACGAGAAGAAGAAGAAGAAAAUGGAAGAAGAGGAGGGUGAAAAGAGGCAUCUGGUGGGGAUGAAGAAGGAGCUGGGUCUCGUCAACUGCGUGGGUAUCAUCGUGGGUAACAUCAUAGGCACGGGAAUCUUCAUCUCACCCGGGGCCGUCCUUCAGUACACGGGCUCAGUCGGGAUGUCACUUAUCGUAUGGAUCGUCUCAGGCCUCGCUACCAUCGUCGGCGCCCUCGUCUACUGCGAAUUAGGUACGAUGAUUCCUCAAAGCGGCGGGAACUACACUUAUCUGCACGAGGCGUUUGGACCCCUACCCGCCUUCCUGUACGUGUGGAUGUUCGUGAUGGUGGGUAUGCCAGGUGGCCGGGCCGUCGUCGCGCUCUCCUUCGCCAAUUACGUGACGCAGCCCUUCUUCCCCGACGGCUCCAAACCUCCUGAAGCUGCCGUGAAGAUGAUUGGGAUACUGUUGAUUCUUGCUCUCACUUUCGUCAACACUCGGCGGGUGCGUUGGGCCACCAGGGUACAGGACAGUCUGGCCCUGUUGAAGGUCGUGGCGCUAAUCAUGAUUAUUGUCGUCGGGCUUUUCCACCUCUCGCGCGGCACCACUGACAACUACGAGGACCCGAUGGAAGGGACCGUGACCAACCCGACCCUCAUAGCCAUCGCCUUCUACCACACGUUCUUUGCCUACGAUGGAUGGGACAGCCUCAACGGCAUCAUGGAGGAACUCAAGGAUCCGUUCAGGAACAUGCCCCGCGCCAUCGCCAUCUCCGUCAUCACCGUCAUGAUCAUCUACGUCCUUACCAACGUCGCCUACUUCGCUGUGCUGCCCAAGGAACUCAUUCUGUCCUCUCCUGCUGUGGCCGUGACCUUCGGCAACCUUGCACUCGGCGUCAUGGCUUGGACCAUUCCCAUUUUCGUCGCCUGUUCCAUCAUGGGGGGACUCAACGGCUCACUCCUGCUUGGCUCGCGUCUUCUCUACGUGAGCGCGCGCCGUGGCCAGCUCCCCCGCGCGCUGUCCCUCGUCCACGUCAACAACAGCACGCCCAUCACGUCCCUGGUCUUCAUGGCUGGUAUGUCCAUGAUAAUGUUUAUGACCUCUGACGUACGUGUCCUCAUCAACUACUUGGGCUUCACAAAUAACCUGAUGGUCCUCGCCUGCAUUGGUUCCUUCUUCUGGUUCAGAGUGAAGGAACCCGACCUGGCGAGACCAAUUAAGGUGUGGAUUGGCUUCCCCGUCAUCUACAUCGUGCUCUCUGCCUGCCUCUGCGUGUUCCCCGUGGUGCAGCAGCCCUUCCAGGUGCUGGCGGCUCUGGUCAUCCUAGGCACCGGCGUCCCCGUCUACUACCUCCUCGUGAAAAGGCAGAAGAAACCGGAGUGUCUCGCCACAGCCAUGGGUACGAUGAUUCCUCAAAGCGGCGGGAACUACACUUAUCUGCACGAGGCGUUUGGACCCCUACCCGCCUUCCUGUACGUGUGGAUGUUCGUGAUGGUGGGUAUGCCAGGUAGCCGGGCCGUCGUCGCGCUCUCCUUCGCCAAUUACGUGACGCAGCCCUUCUUCCCCGACGGCUCCAAACCUCCUGAAGCUGCCGUGAAGAUGAUUGCGAUACUGCUGAUUCUUGCUCUCACUUUCGUCAACACUCGGCGGGUGCGUUGGGCCACCAGGGUACAGGACAGUCUGGCCCUGUUGAAGGUCGUGGUGCUAAUCAUGAUCAUUGUCGUCGGGCUUUUCCACCUCUCACGCGGCACCACUGACAACUACGAGGACCCGAUGGAAGGGACCGUGACCAACCCGAGCCUCGUAGCCCUCGCCUUCUACCACACGUUCUAUGCCUACGAGGGAUGGGACAGCCUCAACGAGAUCAUGGAGGAACUCAAGGAUCCGUCCAGGAACAUGCCCCGCGCCAUCGCCAUCUCCGUCAUCACCGUCAUAAUCAUUUACGUCCUUACCAAUGUCGCCUACUUCGCUGUGCUGCCCAAGGAACUCAUGCUGUCCUCUCCUGCUGUGGCUGUGACCUUCGGUAACCUUGCACUCGGCGUCAUGGCUUCGACCAUUCCCAUUUUCGUCGCCUGUUCCAUCAUGGGGGGACUCAACGGCUUACUCCUCCUCGGCUCGCGUAUUCUCUACGUGAGCGCGCGCCGUGGCCAGCUCCCCCGCGCGCUGUCCCUCGUCCACGUCAACAACAGCACGCCCAUCACGUCCCUGGUCUUCAUGGCUGGUAUGUCCAUGAUUAUGUUUAUGACCUCCGACGUGCGAGUCCUCAUCAACUACAUGGGCUUUACAAGUAACCUGAUGGGCGUCGCCUGCAUUGGUUCCUUCUUCUGGUUCAGAGUGAAGAAACCCGACCUGGCGAGACCAAUUAAGGUGUGGAUUGGCUUCCCCGUCAUCUACAUCGUGCUCUCUGCCUGCCUCUGCGUGUUCCCCGUGGUACAGCAGCCCUUGCAGGUGUUGGCGGCUCUGGUCAUCCUAGGCACCGGCAUCCCCGUCUACUACCUCCUCGUGAAAAGGCAGAAGAAACCGGAGUGUCUCGCCACAGCCAUGGGUACGAUGAUUCCUCAAAGCGGCGGGAACUACACUUAUCUGCACGAGGCGUUUGGACCCCUACCCGCCUUCCUGUACGUGUGGAUGUUCGUGAUGGUGGGUAUGCCAGGUAGCCGGGCCGUCGUCGCGCUCUCCUUCGCCAAUUACGUGACGCAGCCCUUCUUCCCCGACGGCUCCAAACCUCCUGAAGCUGCCGUGAAGAUGAUUGCGAUACUGCUGAUUCUUGCUCUCACUUUCGUCAACACUCGGCGGGUGCGUUGGGCCACCAGGGUACAGGACAGUCUGGCCCUGUUGAAGGUCGUGGUGCUAAUCAUGAUCAUUGUCGUCGGGCUUUUCCACCUCUCACGCGGCACCACUGACAACUACGAGGACCCGAUGGAAGGGACCGUGACCAACCCGAGCCUCGUAGCCCUCGCCUUCUACCACACGUUCUAUGCCUACGAGGGAUGGGACAGCCUCAACGAGAUCAUGGAGGAACUCAAGGAUCCGUCCAGGAACAUGCCCCGCGCCAUCGCCAUCUCCGUCAUCACCGUCAUAAUCAUUUACGUCCUUACCAAUGUCGCCUACUUCGCUGUGCUGCCCAAGGAACUCAUGCUGUCCUCUCCUGCUGUGGCUGUGACCUUCGGCAACCUUGCACUCGGCGUCAUGGCUUCGACCAUACCCAUUUUCGUCGCCUGUUCCAUCAUGGGGGGACUCAACGGCUUACUCCUGCUCGGCUCGCGUAUUCUCUACGUGAGCGCGCGCCGUGGCCAGCUCCCCCGCGCGCUGUCCCUCGUCCACGUCAACAACAGCACGCCCAUCACGUCCCUGGUCUUCAUGGCUGGUAUGUCCAUGAUUAUGUUUAUGACCUCCGACGUGCGAGUCCUCAUCAACUACAUGGGCUUUACAAGUAACCUGAUGGGCGUCGCCUGCAUUGGUUCCUUCUUCUGGUUCAGAGUGAAGAAACCCGACCUGGCGAGACCAAUUAAGGUGUGGAUUGGCUUCCCCGUCAUCUACAUCGUGCUCUCUGCCUGCCUCUGCGUGUUCCCCGUGGUGCAGCAGCCCUGGCAGGCGUUGGCGGCUCUGGUCAUCCUAGGCACCGGCAUCCCCGUCUACUACCUCCUCGUGAAAAGGCAGAAGAAACCGGAGUGUCUCGCCACAGCCAUGGACAAGAUUACCUUCGUGUGCCAGGUGCUCUUCAUGGCUGCACCUGAGGAGACUGGCACCUGAGGCCACCUGUAAUCACGCUCGCACCCACUCACAACAUUCACUCAUAUACAUUUCCCUUUAAGCAGCGCUCACUUUAGUUUUAGUUUCCCAUUAAAUACUUUCGUUUUCUCUUAUAUUCCCUUUUAUUUCCUUUUAUUACUCUUAUUCUCAUCCACUCCCUAACUCAUUCACUUAGUCACUCAUCUAUAUACAUUUUCCGUCCAGCUGUGUUAACUUUACCUUUCGUUACCCCAUUAAAUACCUUCGUUUUCUCAUUAAUCAUCUUCUAUUU